ACUUCAUAGCACUUCAUAGCUCUCCCACAUUUUACACACCUUUCCCACCUUAACCACUAACCUAACUUGCUACAUCCCACUUCCAGACAUCUCAGUCUUAACAUCCAUACUCUCGAUAAUCUUCCCCAAUUAAUAAGGAUACAUACCUAACGCUACGCCAUGCUCGAGGACGGAUCCGUGCAAGACGUGGUCCUGGUGACGCAGUUACCAUCGGAUUCAUGGUUCGAAGGGUUCGCUUUGCGCCCCAAUGGCAAGAUCCUCACUUCCCGACUCGACCUACCGGAACUAUACACAUUUAAUGCGGAGGACCCGGAUACGACGCCGGAGUUAAUAUACAAUUUCGAAGAGCACGCCAAUGGCCUAAUCAACGUAUGCCCGUUACCGGGCGGUCACGAUACCUACCUCGUCCUAUCAGCAAUCGUCGACCUAGUUCAAAUAACAUUCGAGGAUUUUGUCGUAUGGCGCGUGCAACUUAGUGAAGACGAUAGCAGCCCGCCGGAAGUAACGAAAAUAUGCGACAUUCAAAAUACCGGCUUUUCAAUCGGCCUCAUUCCCGUCACAGAACGUAUAUUUCUAGUACCGGAUUCGUUUAAGAAUUGUAUCUGGCGCUUAGAUAUAGAGACGGCCGAGGUGUCGUUAUUUAUCGCCGACGAGACUAUGAAGGCUCCUCCCGGCGAGGGCAAUUUCUUCGGCCUCAACCGAAUGCGCGUCACAAAGGAAUACCUAUGGUUUACGAAUACAAGUGCCGGUAUGCUAUGUCGCAUACCAAUUGAAUCCGACGCGACAGAGGGUAUUCGCAUGACAGGUGGCGUACAGAUAGUAGCGGAAGAUGUUCCUCACUGCGACGGCUUGGCGCUGUCGAGAGAUCAGACUUCCGUCUACACGGUCAGCUAUAUGGACGGUCACGUAUGGAAGGUCAGCGUCGACCCCGACACAGGAAAGGGUACGACAACUGUUGUGAUGCGAAGCUUGGCGUCCCCGACAGCGGUCGAGUUGCACUACAUCGAAGACAAGCCAAAGCUGUAUAUCGUAUGCUGCGGAGAGAUCGAGAUGAACUGGUUCGUACAAGAUAACCAAAAUCCUUGGAGCGAGAUCGCGAAUAUCAACUCGGCAGUGACUGUGACUGCGGUUACGGUGGAAGAAACGGUCGAGUAGGGGUAGGCUUGGGCAUGGCGCAUCUGGGAGGGAACCGGUGUUCAAUUUGGUUUUGCAUGCUAGCGCGCAUCUACGAUCUGUGUCAUGACUACUAUGUAGCCCUAUAUCUUACUUAUACCCCUGAGGCAUGUCAUAACUGUACCUAUACGCAUAUUACAAGAUAGCAUCUAAUGAGCAUCUAAUGAA